ACACCAGCACGCCCCGCUUGCUGUAUUUUUUUUACAGUGCACCAUUUUUCGUAGUAUUAACUAUCUAGUAAGAUUCACCCUUUUAAUACAUAUUAAAAAUAUAAAGAAAUAUGGCUGCCAAUAAAACAAUGGACUGCUGUGCACUAAGCCUCGACGAGAUCAUCGAACGGCGACAAUUGCGGCCCGCCCGUGGCGGCCGUUCAAUCGACAAAAAAUUCAAUCCAAAUAACAACAACAAGAUGCGAAAACUGGUGAAUAAGCAAGCGUUCAAGGCGGGCACAGGAAUGGGGGGACCGUCGGACCAACCGUCCGCCUCUCGCACCUAUGACGCCCGCAACAAGAUUAUACAAAAGACACGUGCAAAAAUCACCGAUGCCCGAGAUAAGCUCAACCAGAAUAUGCGCAAAUCCGGCAUCGAUGCCCGCCAGCUGCUCAUUGAACGAAAGAAGCUGCUGCGUCCCAUGGAGGAUCCACAAGCUGCCAUUUUGAAUCAGGGCCUGUCGCGCCUGAUGAUGGAGCGAAAGAAAUACCCGCCUAAUGAUAUGCGCCUACCCAUGUCCCUGAAAUACACCCACGCGGAGGAGGACGAGGACGAGGAUGAGCGUGAGCGUGACAGGCAGGAGCACAUGGGAAAGUUUGGCCAGCGUUUGGUUACCAUGUCGAAUCGUUCGGUCAACGAUUAUUAUAGUCAAAAGGGAGGCGCUUCGGGUGUUACACGCUCCUUCAACUCCAGACUGAAUCCCUCAGCCAAGCCGUUUGCACCGCGUGGCUAUGUGGAUCACGACAAUAUGCAGCAUCUCGAGGAUGAGGAAGUCCACACUGCUGUGCAUCUGAGUGGCAGGAGCAAUGUGCCACCGUCUCGCUUUGGCUAUGCCAACUUCAAUAUGAAUCGCGAUGAGGAUGUGGAAAUGUCGACGGCUCCGAUGCUGAAUAACAUUGCCAGCGAUCCGUUUGCCAUAUACGAGACGGCGCGCAAUCGGAUUGAGCGGCCCAUGCUGGGCCCGGCACCGCACAUUGAGGCUGAGCCGCAGCACUUUGAUCGCAGUCGGCGUCAGUUGGCGGGCACUUCGAAUCUGUCCGACUCGUUGCGGGCACGCCUGUUUGGCGGUGAGCCCGAUCGUCGCGUCUCCCAUGGCAUCUAUGCCAACGAGAACAAGUCACUGGCCAACAGCGGCUCCAAUGCCGCACCAUCGAUGAUUCUCUCCAUGUCCACACGUCGUUCGCCGCCGCUGGGCAUGGCCAACAACAAGAAGGGCUACCGCCUGCUGGUGAGCAAUCUACACUCGAACGUGACCACCUCGGACAUACGGGAGCUCUUCAGCGACAUUGGGCCCAUGUACGAUGCGCAUGUGGUGCGUCCCGGCACCGCCGAAGUCAUUUUCAAGACGCUGGAACACGCCGAAAUAGCCGUCGAUUUGUACCAUCAUCGGGAGUUCGAUGGCCAGCCCAUGCAUUGUGUGCUGAUCAAUCCUCACUCGUCCAAUCGCUCGUCACACUCGGCCAGCUCACGCACUGUCACCACCAACUCAUCUGGCGUCGAGGUAGACAUUGACGCUCUGCACUCUGUGCUCUUUCGUGAUCGCUGAUCGACUGCUGAGCUGAUCCACGGACAGACGCCAUUAGAAAAUUAGUUAAGAAAAACAAAAUAGUAAACUAAAUACACUAAUUCCAUCUUUUAGAUUCUCAAUGCAAAUCUGCACAACUUUCAACUGAGUUUCCUCAUCACUUCACCCAACACAACACCAACACAAGACAAAAUAAAUAAAAUACUUAACUAGACAAGUUGCUAGGCGAAA